AUGAAGUACAAGAAAAAAUUGAAAAUGGAAGUUGAAUUUGAAGAAUUAAAGAGAAUAAGAUAAUCUCAUAUAGUAGCAAACCCAUUAGUUUGGAUCAUUAAAACACUAUUUAAAAAAUAUUGCCAAUCUUAGAAUUAUUAUUACACAAGAGAUAUCAAUGAUAUCCUCAGAGAUGUUUCAUCAAAGGCAGUAGUACGGUAUAAAGAUUUGAUUGGGUAUGAUGAUUAUGUAAGUGUGUAAGGUUCUACUGUUACGAGGAUGAAUACCCACAGAAAUUCAAGUUGCUGUCCGAAUAUUAUAAAGUAAAUUGAACCAUUUAACAGAGUUUCAUACAGAAAUACCGCGAUUCUUCAUGGAACCAAUAAUAUAAUUAUGCGCAGACAAGAGUAUUAUAGAAUAGCUCUUCUGGUCGAGGAAGAGGACAAGAAAAAUCCUGAUGGGCCAUCAAAACAUAUUAUUGGAGAUAAACCAUCACCUGCAAAUUCAUAAUAGAGUCAAAAAGAUUAAGAAUCCCAGACCAAUACUAAAAGAAUUAAGAAUACCUUAAUUUUAAAAGAUUUGAGUUGGUUGAAUAGAUCAUCAAUCUAAAUCUAGAAAAAGUAAAUGGAAAUAUCCUAUACAUUAUAAGAAAUUUGUAAAUAGUUAGGAAAAGAAACUGUGGAAUAAUCUCCUCUAUUAAUUUUUGCUGGGAAAGGAGAUGAGAUAGAACUGAAUAGAUUUUAGGUUUAUCUAAAUUAGUAAACCUAAAAGAGUCAAGUAGAUAAAGUGUCUUAAAUAUAAACCAAAAAACUGAGCUAACCAAAUAUAGUUUUCAGCCUUCUUUAAAAAUAGUGUUAGGAUGAGAAUAAACUUAGGUUGGGUUCACAAUAUUCAAAAUAAAAUGCAGAACUAUUAUAACAAAAGAAUAAAAUAUCAAGUGAUAUAAAUCAAAGGAAUCAUGUUGAUUCUCCAUAAAAAAAACAAUAAAGUAAUCAUGCAAGAAUGGAUUAAAAUUUUGAAAUAAAAUAAUAAAUUAGUCCUAAAUAUAUAACAAAUGUGUAACCUAAAAUAACAACUCAAUAAUAUUUUCAAAAUUUCAGGCUUAAUGUUUAAUCAAAUCCUCAACUCCUUAAACUACAAAAUCAGAAUCCAAUUUCAUCUCCAGCAACUAAUCAAACAUAUAUAAACAAAUUAAAUCUCAAAUAGAUUUCUAAAAUCAUAAUUGAUGAUAAUCUCUUUCAAUAGGAAUUAAAAUGGAAAAAUGGGGCAUAAACUCAGAGACCUAAUUCUGAUACCAAAAACUUCUUCUUUAAUAGAAAUAGUCCUAUUUUAUAAAGUGGAGCUUAAAAUGAAUUACAAAUUAAUAUGUUGAAGUAGAAUUCAGGUUAGAUUUCAGCUCCAAAAAAAUAUAGAUUCUUCACCUAAUAGGAAAUCGAUACAACCAAAUAUUCACCUCCGAUUUAGGUCAAAUUAAGAUAAGAUCAUUAAUAUAAACGAAAACCUACUGAAUUAGCAAUGUAAUAUACUUUAUCCAUAUUUAAGCAAUAUAAAUAAUGCACAAAAAGAAUAAAUCUGAAGGAAAAUAAUUAAAUUCACCUUAAGAGGAUUCUCAUCAAUAAUUAGUGUGUUUAACAGACAGGAGAAGUCAAGGUGAACAUUAAUUAAAGAAAAGCUUAGCAAAGUCAUGUUAAAAUUCACCAAAAAAAAUAGGUAUAUUAAAAGGAGUUGGGAGUGGGAUAGAUGUUAUAAAACAUUCAAUAAGCCCAAACAAUUUUAUCAUUAAAUAAAUGGUUCUGA